AUGAAGAUGCAGCUGAAGUCCGUGUGGGGCUUCGUGCGCCGCAACCUGCUGACCACACUGACGAUCCUCGGUGUGGUCGUCGGCAUUGCGCUCGGGUUGGGCUUGCGGGCGGUACCGGAUGAAGGUGAUACCUGGUCGCAGCGUGACGUCGCCUACAUCAACUACGUCGGCGAUCUAUUCCUGCGGACACUGAAAGCCCUCAUCCUGCCGCUGAUCGUAUCGUCACUGAUUGCGGCCGUCGGUUCGCUCGAUCUUUCCCUCUCGAAGAAGAUCGGUGGCCGGGCGGUACUGUACUAUCUCGCGACAACGGUACUCGCCGUCAUACUCGGCAUUGUGCUCGUGGUCACGAUAAAGCCCGGAUCGGAUCGUGAAGGUGAUGAGGUGGAGUCGGACGACGUUCAGUCGCGCAAUGUCACCACCGUCGAUACGCUGCUCGAUCUAGUGCGCAACAUGUUCCCGCCAAAUCUGGUGCAGGCCUGUACGCAGCAGUACCAGACCGUGCUGAAACCACCGGCCGCCAAUCCGGACGAAAGCGACAUCUACCGGUGGACGAUCACCGGUGCGUACGCGGACGGUAUGAACAUUCUCGGGCUGGUCGUGGCGUCGAUCGUGUUCGGUGUGGCGCUCGGUGCAACCAAGCGCGAGAAUGCAUUGGUGCUGCAGUUUUUCCAACAGCUGUCCCACAUCGUCAUGAAGGUCACCGGCUGGGUGAUUUGGCUGUCACCGGUUGGUGUGACUUUUUUGAUUGCCUCGAAAAUAUUGGAAAUCGAAGACCUUGGCGAUAUGUUCGGUAAGCUGGGAUUGUACUUUGCGGUCGUUGCUGGUGGCAUCUUGUUCCACGGGUUCGUCGUGCUGUCGCUGCUCUUCUUUCUGUUCACCCGCCAAAAUCCGUUCCGGUUUAUCGCCAACAUGGGACAAGCGCUUGCCACCGCGUUCGGCACAUCGUCCAGCUCGGCCUCGCUGCCCGUUACCAUGCAGUGUUUGGAGGAGAAGAACCACAUUGAUCCGCGCGUAUCGCGGUUUGUGCUACCGAUCGGUGCUACGAUCAACAUGGACGGUACGGCACUGUACGAAGCCGUCGCUGCCAUCUUCAUCGCUCAGCUGCGUGGAUUAUCGCUCUCGUUUGGCAAUGUUCUGGCGAUCAGCAUAACGGCAACGGCUGCCAGUAUCGGCGCUGCUGGAAUUCCUCAGGCGGGACUUGUAACGCUCGUCAUGGUGCUGGACACGGUGGGCCUACCGGCCGAGGACGUAUCUCUCAUCAUUGCCGUCGAUUGGCUACUCGAUCGGUUCCGGACACUGGUGAACGUGCUCGGCGACAGCUUCGGUGCAGCGAUCGUGUACCAUUACAGCAAGGCAGAGCUGGACAGCACGAAAACCGUGGAAGGAGGGCUGACCGCCCCGACGCAAAUCCCCCAGGAAACGGACCCCGAGCUGGUGUUUCACACCGACACGAUGCUAGCGAACGGUGACGACCGCACCUUCGAUAAGAACAGUCGAUUGUAG